AGGUUCAGUUCCGUCUACCUGAAGAUCUAGAUCUCCCUGUAACAUUCUUCUGCUCAUACAUGGACAUUGAGAAACUCGGAUCCGGAUCCGACAAGGCUGGACCAUCUGCUCCUAAGUCUGAGAACCCAUUUUCCUAGGCUGAGAAUUCGAGACCUAGACACGGGUACAACAUCUACUUUGAUGGGUCUUCGAAUUUGGAAUCAAUAGAGGCUAAGAAAGCCAUGGCUCUUGAUAAAGUCGCUGAGCUUUGGGUCGUUGAUCCUAAGAGAGCUAAAAGACGAUCAUGGUUGGUUGAUAGUAACCGCAUUGCAACCAAAAUAAAGAAUGCAUCGGCACCAAGUGGUGUGGAACAGCAAUCCUACAAGACACUGUCCCAACUGUCAUCACGUCAUUGACAAUAGUUACGAAGUUGAUGACUGGCCAGGCUUGCCAAGAGGCGUGAAAUUCGAUCCCUCUGAUCCAGAGAUCAUCUGCCAUUUGCUUGCAAAAUCUGGAUUGUCAGUCUGUGUCCCACUUUUUCAUAGAACUAUCAAAACUUACAACACAAGAACUCGAAAGCGUAGAAAGAUUCACGACGAUGAUUUUGGGGAUGUGAGCUGGCUUAAAACAGGAAGGACUAAACCGGUCGUCUUGGAUGGUGCCUUUAGUCACUGUCAUGGUAUCCAAUACCUGUUGGUCCAACACUGCAAAAGCUGAUGCCUGCUUUCUACCUUUCCACUCUCUCUCAGCAACAUCUCCGCAAGGUAAAUAGUAACCGAUGAUUUUGAUGUCAACAAGAUAAUAUGUAUUCAUGAUUGCUCAAGCAGGCUCUGGGUUGUAGAGGGGCAGAACCAUCCAUAAAGCUAAUGUUGCCUACUUUUGGACUCGCAUCUUCUAAGGUAAAAGUAUCUCUGUAGAACCAAAACAGAGCUCAAGAGUGCCAAAAGAUCUCUUCUUUGUAACAAGCUGCCGAUAAAUGGUUUGAGCGUGUGCAAGUCGAUCAGCCGGACUACAGUUUCUUCACCUGUAACAGCCCGCCAAUGAGGUGAAAACGUAAGAUGCUUUGAUGACCAUCGAUUUGGCUCUGCUCUGAACAAAGGACCCAUUAUCUGCUAUUCUACUUCACAUAUUGCUUACAUUGAAGAGUAUGUUGUUUCAUUUCUAGAAGAUGCUUUCUGAAUUGUAAUAUAAUCUUCCCUCUUUCUUAUACUGAAACUAGCCUUUUGCUUUUCCCUGAACGAGGAUUUGAGGAGCUCACAUUGUGAAGUUUGCUUCUGGUGUUGUAAUGUUGGAUGCAUCACUUAUUGUGGUAUGCUGAACUGAAA